AUGACAAAUAAUCCAUUUAAAAGAACAACAAAUAAUCGACGACAUCACUACUGCCAAAUAUUAGGUAUAGGUGAUAAGGCUACUAAAAGAGAAAUUUGCGAGGCUUUUUGGGGUUUGAGAAAAAAGUUUCACCGUCUAGAAAUCUGGGAAAGAGAAAGAAGAGUGCCUACCGAAACGGAAGCGAGAAGUGAGGAAAUUAGCAAAUUUUGCGAAAGAAAGUUGAAGGGCGAAAAAGAAAUUUCAGAAAGUUUGGAAAAAAAUUGGAAAGGAGUGAAAGGCUAUGAUAAGUUGAAUGAAGAAACCAAGCAGUUGUUUAAAGCAAAAUUUAAAGAAGCAUUUCAGGUAUCACCACAGUUGUUUAAAGAAAGGCUUAGAGUGAUGCCUUUUUUGCCAUUAUCAUUUAGAUGUAAAUGUAAUUUUGAUGAUGAUGCUGAUAACAAACAACAACAAUCUGCUCCAAUUUCCAAUAAUACUGAACAAUCAAUAAUAACUGAUAACCAAAAAAAAAGUGAACAAAUAGAAGAUAAUGAUUCUCGUGAGUCAAAACGACUAAAAGGAGAAGAUGAAGAAGUCAACAUUAAGUUAUCUAAUGACUUGCAAGGUCUUUCAAGCAAAGAUGAUAAAAAAAUAGAGCAUUUUCUCGCUGAUAUUGAAAAGUUAAAAAAUAAAGGCAAAACUUAUGAGGAGCAAAAAGAUAAAAUUGCUGAGAAAAAGGAUGAAUUAGCCCAAGAAGACCCAAGUGGAUAUGCAAAAAUGAUUGCUAGAGUUAUUCAGAAGAAAAUUGAUGAGUUUAAGGUUGAAGUUGCAAGGCUAGGUCAGGAAAUAAAAGAAAAAUUAAUUCGUUUGCAAAACAGUGAAUUUACUAAUGAUAAAGAAGUGCGAGAAAUUGAAGAAGAAGUCAGCAAUGAAGUUAGUGGCGAAGUAGCAAAUAUAGAAUUAAGUAACUUAAUGACUCAGGCUCAAAAAAUAUUAAAAGGUUCGGUUGACAAUCUGAAAAGUCAAUUAAAAAAGGCAAGGGAAGAUUUAUAUAGUUUUUCUAUAGGAAAAAACAUUUCUCGAAACGAUAAUGCUCAGCAACCAAAAUCAAGUUUUUUUCGCCCAGAAGUUAUUGUUCCUCUUGGUUUAGUUUCCGUUUUGGGAGUAGUAGCAAUAACAGCAGUAUCCGAAAAAAAAUUAGAAGGAAUCCAAAAAUCUCUCGAAGGAGAAUUGACUAUUAAUAAUUUCCCUAAUUUAGAAAAAAUUUUUCUCUCCAAUAACCAAAUAACUAAAUUGAUUUUUCAGAAUUGUCCUCAAAUAAAAGAAAUUAAUGUUUAUCGUAAUAAAUUAACUAAAUUAGAAAUCUCGGGUUUACCAGAAUUAGAAUAUUUGCAUUGUGGGAACAACCAAUUAAAUAAACUUGAUGUUAGUGAAAAUACGAAAUUAAAAACUUUAUUUUACUUCAAUAAUCCUUUUGAAAGUCAAUUAGAAAAUUUAAUAGGGGUUGAAAAGUUAGUUGACUUAGAGGGACUUCGAGGCAAAGGACUUAUUAAAAAGAUGGAAGAGGAAAUAAAAAUUCAUCUAGAUGCAAUGAAAAGAAUGGAUGAUUUUUAUCGGCAAAAUCCUCCGAGUGAAGACACCAAGUUAACUAAUAUUCUCCAAGAGAUUAGCAAUGAAUAUUUAAUUAUUAGUUGUGAAAACAGGCAAAAAGAGUUAGAAAUUAAAGAAUUAAAAGAAAUUGUUAAUAAUUUAGAAAAACUAGUUAUUCAUACUAAAGAUAGUUUUUUAGUUGAAAAAAUUGAGAAUAAAUAUGACCUUUUAGAAGCCCAAAGAACAUUUAUUAAGAGCGAUAAUGAAUUUGUGCGAAGUCAAAUAGUAAAAUUUAAACAACGACUAUUAAACAGUGGACAAGUAAAUCAAAAUGAAUUGCAGAAAGUUUGUCGAAUUCAAGCCGAAUUAAGUUUUUUAGAGUUAAAACUAGAGCAAGAACAAAAGUUCCAGACUCAAAUUGAAAUUAGAAUAGACAAAAACGCAACUGAAAUAGAUAUCAAAAAUGCUUACACUAGUGAGGCAUUAAAGGGAAUAGAUAAUAAAAAAAGGAGAAAUAAAGAAAGUGAGAAAGGCAACAAUAGUGCCAAUAACCAAGAAAAUUUUGUUCAAGAAUCCGAGGAAAGCGAGAACAAUAAUAAACAAGAAUUAACAAUACAUAAACGUGAUCACGAUGACAAUGAACAAUUUUAUGAAGAGUUAGCGUUUUAUACUCUUGAAUGUUCUCUUUGCGGUGGAUGUAAAAGUUGGUUAUGCGGCAUUUAUGGUCAUGUUGUUCACUGUUUAAAAACUCGCCAGGAAAUUGAAGAACUUCAUCAAAAAAAGGUUAAGGAAGUUGACAAGAUAAGAAAAAAUAGAGGUUGUAUUAGGUGCUAUCAAGAGCAAAAUAGAAGCAUUCCCGACAACAAUCAACUUACUUUAACUUCUAAUGAAAAACGAGAUAGUUCUGAACAAUCAUUAACAAUUUCUGACCAAGAAAGCCAGCGAGGAGAAAUAAAUAAUAACACAAAUAAUCAGCGAAACGAACAAUUAGAAAACAAUUUCAAUUUAACCAUUUCAGAACAAAAACCGCAAGCCAAUGAACUCUUAAAAAUAGUAAUUAGUGGUGAGUUACUAAUUAAGAAAAAACAAUUCAAUCGAGAAAUCUUAACUAAACUAAUUACUGAAAAAAAGAAUAAUCCUUCUCUUUUAUCAACUCUUAAAUAA